AUGAUGUCUUCUUGGAGAAGGGGCCUUGAAACCCCACGCCUGCUGCUCUGGCUUCUGCUGCUCUUUGCAGCCUGGCGGGCAGGGAGCGGCCAGCUGCGCUACUCGGUCCCCGAGGAGGCCAAACACGGCACGUUCGUGGGCCGCAUCGCGCAGGACCUGGGGCUGCAGCUGGCCGAGCUGGUGCCGCGCCUGUUCCGGGUGGCGUCCAGGGGCGGCGCGGACCUGCUGGAGGUGAAUCUGCAGAAUGGCAUCUUGUUCGUGAAUUCUCGGAUGGACCGUGAGGAGCUGUGCGGGCGCAGCGCGGAGUGCAGCGUGCACCUGGAGGUGCUGGUGGAGCGUCCUCUGCAGGUGUUCCACGUGGAGGUGGAGGUGAGGGACAUCAAUGACAAUGCGCCCGUGUUUCCUAUGACGGUAAAGACUAUCCAGUUUCAUGAAUCCAGACUGCUUGAUUCCAGGUUUCCUCUGGAGGGUGCAUCUGAUGCAGACAUCGGAGUCAAUGCCCUCCUCUCCUACAGGCUCAGCCCCAGUGAGAUUUUCUCUCUAGAUGUACAGACGAAUGACGACCUAAGCCAGUCUCUAUUUCUUGUGCUGGGGAAACCUCUGGACAGAGAGGAAGCUGCUGAGAUUAAUUUGUUGCUAGUGGCUACGGAUGGGGGCAAGCCUGAGCUGACGGGCACUGUUCAGAUACACAUUACAGUAUUAGAUGUAAAUGAUAACGAACCCAUUUUUGCCCAAUCAGUUUACAAAGUGCAGUUGUUGGAGAACCUUGCAGAAGGCACGUUAGUCGUUAAGGUAAAUGCUUCGGAUGCAGACGAAGGACCUAACAAUGAGAUUUUGUAUUCACUCAGUAGUGAUGUGCCCUCCACUGUACAGGCUAUGUUCAAAAUAGAUCCCCAAACAGGGGAAAUCAGAACUAAGGGAAAGUUAGAUUAUGAGGAAAUAAAAUCCUACGACAUUCAGAUUAUUGCAUCUGACAAAGGAACCCCUCCAAUGUCAGGCCACUGUAAAGUAUCAGUGAAAGUGGUGGAUAUCAAUGAUAACAUGCCAGAGAUUUACAUAACAUCAUUGUCACUCCCCAUCAAAGAGGACGCCCCACUGGGCACAGUCAUCGCCCUCAUCAGCGUGUCCGACCGCGACUCCGGCCCAAACGGACAGGUCACCUGCUCCCUCGAGCCCCACGUGCCCUUCAAGCUGGUGUCCACCUACAAGAACCACUACUCGCUGGUGCUGGACAGCGGCCUGGACCGCGAGAGCGUGUCUGGCUACGACGUGGUGGUGAGAGCGCGCGACGCGGGCUCGCCCCCGCGCUGGGCCAGCGCCAGCGUGCGGGUGGAGGUGGCCGACGUGAACGACAACGCGCCACAGUUCGCGCAGGCCGAGUACACGGUGUUCGUGAAGGAGAACAACGCGCCGGGCUGCCACAUCUUCACGGUGACGGCGCACGACGCGGACGCGCAGGAGAACGCGCGCGUGUCGUACUCGCUGGUGGAGCGUCGCGUGGGCGGGCGCGCGCUGUCGAGCUACGUGUCUGUGCACGGCGAGAGCGGCCGCGUGUACGCGCUGCAGCCGCUGGACCACGAGGAGCUGGAGGUGCUGCGCGUGGAGGUGAGCGCGCGCGACGCGGGCGCGCCGCCGCUGGGCAGCAACGUGACGCUGCAGGUGUUCGUGCUGGACGAGAACGACAACGCGCCCUGGCUGCUGGCGCGCGGCUCGGGCGGGCCUGCGGGGGCGGCGGUGGCUGCGAGCGAGCUGGUGCCGCGGUCGGCGGGCGCGGGCCACGUGGUGACCAAGGUGCGCGCGGUGGACUUGGACGCGGGCUACAACGCGUGGCUGUGGUUCGAGCUGCAGGCGGCGCCUGCGGGCGGCGCGCGCUGCCCGUUCCGCGUGGGCCUGUACACGGGCGAGAUCAGCACGACGCGCGCCCUGGACGAGCUGGACGCUCCGCGGCAGCGGCUGGUGGUGCUGGUGCGGGACCACGGCGAGCCGGCGCUCACGGCCACGGCCACGGUGCUGGUGUCGCUGGUGGACGGCGGUCAGGCGUCGCCGUCGUGGUCGCGGGCAUCGGUGGCGGCUGGCGCCUCGGCCUCGGCCUCGGCGGGCGCGCUGGGUGGUGCGUCGUCGCUGGUGGACGUGAACGUGUACCUGGUGGUGGCGAUCUGCGCGGUGUCGAGCCUGCUGGUGCUGACGCUGUUGGUGUGGGCGGCGGCGCGGUGGUCGUCGGGUGCGGCGUCGGAGGGCGCGUGCGUGUCGGGUCCGGCGGCGGCUGCGGCGGCGGCGCUGGUGUGCUCGAGCGCGGUGGGGAGCUGGUCGUGCUCGCAGCGGAGGCGGCAGCGGGUGUGCUCUGGGGAGGGCCCGCCCAAGGCCGACCUCAUGGCCUUCAGCCCCAGCCUUUCCCAGGGUCCGGAGUGUGCAGAAGAAUCACAACAGCCCUUAGAAUCCGAAUAUUUAGGCCAGAGCCUUUCACAUGGGGACUAUUUUCACUACUACAAACUUAAUCACAAGAAAUAUGAAUAUGAUGUGUCAUGA